AUGCAAGAUUUACCACCAGUAGGCGGCUACGACCCUAUCCAAUGGAAAAGAAACUUGCCAUCCCGUGGUUUCUCAGGCACAACAUACUUUUUUGGAAUUCUAGCCGUCAUGUCAUUUGGUUUCUACCGUUACUACCAAGGAGUCAAUGAGCAGCGUGAGUUGACCAGGGAAAAGAAGUGGGCGAGAUUCCAUUUAGAGCCUUUGCUUUUGGCUGAAGAGGAUAGAAAUAUCGCCAGACGUUAUUUCGCUGAGGAGGAGAGGCAGAAGUUGAUUAAGGAAAGUGCCACUAGUGACGAAGUUAAGCAACGCUUGGAUGAGGAGUUGUACCAUGAUAAGAGUAAGUUUAGAUUCCCAAGAUAUGUUCCGGGUCUUAAUCCAAAGGAUGUAUAG